AUGGUUAAAAGCAUAAGCAUCAAAAAAUUGGUCUUAAUGAAAUACGAGCAGGCUUUUACGGUAGCCCACAUGCAAAUUAUAAAUCGUAUUUGCAUUAAAACUAAAAUUCCCCAAACUAUGUGUAGCCCUUGAAUCAAAAUUGCAAAGAAGUUUCAUCUUUCCAGCCAAGAGCUAUGUUUUCUUUGUAUGAUUUUUGAUUGUUCUCGAAAUAAAAACCUAGCGAAUAUUGAAGAAUUCCUGAUUGUAUCGGCAUGAAUACUAAAAAAUGUGACUUCUUCUCGCUCUGUCUUUUAUAAUUCAAUCAUCAAAGGCUUAGUUAAAUGUCCAAAAACAGCCAUAUUUGGGUGGCUAUUGAAUCACACUAUUAACUCAAGUUUGAACCUUUUUAGGGUAAGGAAUAGAAUUUAUUGCAAAGAAUUUGGGAUCACUACAGCAUCAAUUCAAAGGCUAGAAUUUGAUAUCAAUCAAUUUAUAAAUAGACUUGCCCAACAACUGUCUCUGGAAAUAAUAGAAGAAUCGUUUCAGCUUAUCCGCUUUGAAGGCAAAGCGAUUUGCUAA